AUGGGCUAUAUCGCUUAUGCCGCUGGUACGCUGAUCGUUGCAGUUAUACUACAUUCGUUAUACAAUAGAAAGCCUGAGGCGAAAGUGCUCAAGGUGGACUCUAGCCUUCCCUCAACGACUGAGGAGCACGACGUCGCCUCUGAACAUGAACGAGUAAUAUCUAAGCCCGAGGCCAGCACGAUUGCGCCGACCAUAUCACUAAACAAUGGAUGUGAUGACCUAGAGCAUACCACGACCAAGGACCAGGCAGAUGAUGCAUCUCAAGAAGAGGAAGAAUCUGCAGUGAAGGCGGAAAUCUCACAAAAGCAGGAAGUCUCGAACUAUGGCACUGUACCACGAACUUCAAGUCCCGUACUCAAAGUGCAAUCACAAGACAUGCCGCCUCCACGUCUGUCUCCGGGCGCAUCGACAGCAGCACAAGCCCGCCAGAGUGCAGCCAUGCCUCCUCCAUCGUUUCUGACGACACCGCGCAAUCGCAGCCCUCCACGUUUGACAUCUGCGACCACCUCUUCUCUAACUCCACCUGCUCGUGGUCCUGCAUCAAGACAAGGCGGCUUCCUAAAACCGACAGGCUUCGGCAAUGGUAGCGCACUCGCUCCUCCACCUUCUGCUGCCAGUACUGCACGAUCCGCAGCAACCCUAGGUGUUCCACAGCAAAAAGCCCUGACCAACACGCGUAUGCAACCUGCCUUAGCGCCUACAACCUCAACCCAGCCUCCGAACAAGCGACCGUCGCGAAAAGUCAUACUCAGUCCGGGUCAUAGUCCUCUCGACUGGGCAGCUCUCACCAAUUCCACUUCCUCUGACGCGCCACUAAAACUCCGAGGAAAAGACGCAACGGAUGUACUGGGAUUACAGAAGCUAGGCCGCAUCACACCAUCACAGCUCAAGAAGCAGACUGGUCGGAAGGGUAAAGAUGCUUGGACGAGCUAUCAGGGGCGAGUUUACAAUAUAUCUGCAUACUUGGAUUUUCAUCCUGGCGGUGGAUCUGAGCUUAUGAAGGGAGCAGGACGGAGUAGCGAUGGUUUGUUUGCGGAAGUUCAUCCCUGGGUCAAUUGGGAUGGUAUGUUGAGUAAUUGUAUGAUCGGGAUGUUGGUCAGUGAAGACGAUCCAGGUGCGCUGGGGAAGAAUGGCGAGGCAGAUAAUGCAUUGGACGAAAUGGAUUGA